AGGCCCCAAUCAGCAGCCCUCGGAUCUCCCCAGCAGGCUCUCAUCCUCCCCCUUCCGCUCGCUCCUAGCCCUCCCCCACCCCCUUCUUCCUCCUCCGCAGCCGUCGGAUCCCCUCCCCUUCCCUCCCACCAUCCCUUUCUCGAACACAAUUAGGACGUGUUCGUUGGUACGGCCUUCCCUCGUACUUGUUCCUCUUUUUCGUCCUCCUCCCCCGCCGCCGCCACCGCCGUCGCUGCCCGAUCCUCUCAACGAUGAUGAGCAGUGGCGAGCUGCAGAUCAAGGUGGCCCAGGCGGUGCACGUGCUCAACCACGAUUGCGAGUCCUGCAACCGGGUGGCCGCCAACCAGUGGCUAGUACAGUUCCAGCAGUCCGACGCCGCCUGGGAGGUCGCCACCGCGCUCCUGACCUCCUCCGACUACCGUCUUCGCAUCGUCCCCCUCGACUUCGAGGUCGAGUUUUUCGCCGCCCAGAUCCUCCGGCGCAAGAUCCAGAACGAAGGGUACUAUCUGCAGCUGGCGGCGAAGGACGCUUUGCUCAAUGCCCUUCUCCGCGCUGCGCAACGCUUCUGCUUAGGCCCCCCACAGCUCCUAACCCAGAUAUGUCUUGCACUCUCUGCACUCAUCCUACGAGCUGUCGAGCACAGGAAGCCCAUCGAGCAGCUCUUCUCCAGCUUGCACCAACUGCAGAGCCAAGAGAAUGGGAACCUUGCGGUGCUGGAGAUGCUAACUGUCCUACCUGAAGAAGUGGCAGAGGACCAAAACAGGGACCACAACAUCGAUGCAGCAAGAAGAAGCCAGUUCACACGAGAGCUCCUUUCUCAUACUCCCACCGUUCUUCAGUUCCUUCUGCUUCAAUCGGAACAAAGACUUGAUGAUGAAAUUAAGCAUCGUGAGACAAAUAGGAGGAUCUUGAGAUGCUUGCUAAGCUGGGUGCGCGUGGGAUGCUUUUCAGAGAUUCCACCUCCUUCCCUACCUACACACCCGCUUCUUAGCUUUGUCUUUAACUCGUUGCAGGUUUCAUCCUCAUUUGAUGUGGCUGUUGAAGUUCUCAUUGAGCUUGUUAGUCGGUAUGAGGGUUUACCACAGGUUCUAUUAACUAAAAUACAGUAUCUGAAAGAAGUACUUCUCAUACCAGCUCUGGUUAACAAAGAUGAAAAAAUAAUUGGUGGCCUUGCAUGCUUGAUGUCAGAAAUCGGACAAGCUGCACCAGCUCUGAUUGCACAAGCAAGCACUGAAGCAUUGGCUCUUGCAGAUGCUCUUUUGAGUUGUGUCAGUUUUCCUAGUGAUGAUUGGGAGAUUGCAGAUUCGACCUUGCAAUUCUGGUGCAGUUUAGCAAAUUAUCUUAUGGGUCUGGAUUUUCAAAACACAAAUAGGAAAAUUGUGGGAGAAUUGUUUGUCCCUGUAUUCUCAGCAUUACUGGAUGCCCUUUUACUGCGUGUUCAGGUUGUUGAUGCCGGAUCCGAUGGCAGUGAAGGACUUGACAUACCAGAUGGAUUGACACACUUUAGAUCGAACCUAGAGGAGCUUUUUGUUGAUAUCUGUCAACUUCUGGGGUCUGGUGCAUUUGUUCAGAAGCUUUUAUCUGUUGGAUGGAAUUCUGCGGAUUCAUUUGUCCCUUGGGUAGAGUUGGAAGCUAGAAUGUUCGCCCUAAAUAUGGUUGCAGAAACAGUUAUGCAAUGUUCAUAUCCAUUUGACUUCUCGGUGGUUAUGCGGCUGGUGACAGCUCUAUCGACUAGAUCACCUGAUGAGUGCAGUGGCUUCUUGGUCUUUGUGUACAAAUCUGUAGCCGAGGUGGUUGGCUCGUAUUCCAAGUGGAUAUGUUCUCCCCCAAGUAAUAUUAGACCAUUGUUUUUAUUUUGUGCCACGGGGAUCACAGAAUCAAUAUCUUCAAAUGCUUGCUCCUCAGCAUUGCGUAAACUUUGUGAAGAUGCUUUAGCAAUAAUUCAUGACCCACAGAAUCUAGAAAUCCUGAUCUGGAUAGGAGAGGGCUUGGAGAAAUGGAAUCUUACAUUAGAAGAAGAGGAGGAAGUUGUUACUGCAAUAACUCUUACUCUUAAUUCAAUUCCCAACAAGGAGCUGAAGAAGAAUUCGUUAUCGAGGUUGCUCUCCCCUAGCUAUGGAGCCAUUGAGAAACUGAUAGAUGCAGAUCGUGAAGAACCUCUGAAGCGAAACCCUUCUGCUUACACACAGACUUUAAGCUCUGCUGUCAGGGGGUUAUACAGGAUUGGGUCUGUACUUCGCCAUCUACUGGCUCCUCCCGCUGUCCAUCUAGUGAUUCCUCGCGCUGUUAAUCAUGUUGAGGAUGACACAGUUUUGGUCCUUGAAUUCUUUUGGCCACUUCUUGAGAAACUUUUUAGGUCAUCUCACAUGGAAAAUGCUAGUCUAUCUGCGGCAGCAUGUCGGUCGCUUUCUGUAGCUGUGCAUUCUUCAGGAGAACAUUUUCUGAUAUUGCUGCCUAAGGUUCUAGACUGCUUGUCUACGAAUUUUUUAUUAUUCCAAAGUCAUGAAUGCUACAUAAGAACAGCGGCUGUUGUUGUUGAAGAAUUUGGCCACAUCGAAGAAUAUGGAACUUUAUGCAUUAGCACAUUUAAUAGAUUUGCCUCAGCAGCAUCAAUAACUGCUCUUAAUUCUUCUUACAUAUGUGACCAAGAACCUGAUUUGGUGGAAGCCUACAAUAAUUUCACAUCAACAUUCGUACGCUGCUGUCCCAAGGAUGUUCUUGCUGCAUCUAGUUCACUUCUUGAAUUGUCAUUCCAAAAAGCUGCAAUUUGUUGUACUGCAAUGCAUCGUGGAGCUGCACUUGCAGCAAUGUCAUAUAUGUCCUGUUUCCUAGAGGUCAGCCUAGUCUCCGUGUUGGAAUCUUUGGCUUGUAUAACUGAAGGAUCAUUAAGUGCGGUGGUAAUUCGUAUUUUAGCACAAAAUGGUGAAGGACUGGUGUCUAGUGUUGUUUAUGCUCUUCUUGGUGUGUCAGCAAUGUCAAGGGUACACAAGUCUGCAACAAUCUUGCAACAAUUAGCAGCAUUGUGCAGCCUUUGUGGAAGGACUGCAUGGCAAUCGGUUCUUUGUUGGGCUUCCCUAUGUAGAUGGUUGCAGUCAACGAGUAUACUGAGUUGGAGAAACGAGGAAGCAGCUCGAGCGGCAGCGUCGGCGAGCGGCGGCAGCAGUAGGCAGCAGCAGCGGCGAGCGGCGGCAGCGGGAAAGAGAAAGGGAGCUGAAGGCGCGAGCAGGGGGAGGCCUCGAGGGAGGCGCGAGCAGCGGGAAGGCUCGCAGGAGGCGAGAGGGCUCGCGGGAGGCGCGAGCAGCGACAGCGGCAGCGAGCGACGAGAUCGCGAUCAGGAUCGAGAGCGGCAGCGGCAGCAGGUGCAAUCUCUGCCGUUGGAGUAUCUGAAGCAAGGGGAACCAGAAACUAUAAUUCCUUUGUGGCUGAAGGCCCUAGCUAGUGCAGCUUCAGAUUAUGUAGAGAGCAAAACUUGUGACACUGGUAGAGGUGAUAACGGGCACAUGCUGGGUAAAGGGGGAAGAACCCUCAAGCGCAUCAUUAGAGAUUUUGCUGAUACACAUCGCAAUUUUCCAAAUCCCACAUGAUUCACUAUUUGAUAAUACUCUUCUAAUGCUCUUUCUUCCCCUUUCCGACUGAUGAAAUGGGAACUGUAAAUUGGAGGGUCAGAACCAGGCCAGUUUUGAUAUUUGGCAGCUGAGUUCAUUGGGCUUUGUUUAAUCAGAUUGUGUAGACAGAACUAGAGCACCCAAAAUUUUGUUGUGGCAGCUCAUGUUGCCAGAAGGGAAGUCUGAACAAUUGUGAAUCUGAGUGCAAUUAUGCCAUCUGGGAUUUUAUAAUUGUGCAGUAUUGCGCCAGAGUUGGCUAUCCGAGCCUGAUUGUGGAAUAACGAUGAAGAAUAGGAGAGUUGAUACUGUGGUGUUCUGAAACUGGCAAUUGUGCAAUAAUCUUUAGGAUAAUUCAUUUGAUUUGUCAACAUACUAUGAAGUAGGAUGUCAUCUUACAGAGUAUGCUUAUAUCUCCUCUAGUUCUUUGGACUGCUCAUCUUACAGUUGCUUUGAGGAGAAACACCCCGCAAAUAGGAAAUAGAUUUGGCUAGCAAAGAGUAAAUUGGGUGAGGUGCCCUCUAAUUGUUUGUGCAAUGUAUCGAUAUUUUCCUCAAAUAAUUGUCAAUUUGCCGAAAUUUCUUGAUCAUUUGGCCCCCUUGUUCAUCUUCAACAUAAGGUUGCUUGCAAUUUUUUCCAUUCAAAUACACCAUGGAUUAUUACUACCAUCAUGAGAAGAAUUUGGAUGUCGUCAUACAUCACAGGACCUGAUGGUUCUUUGGACGGCCGGAAAGUGACUAGAAAUCAUUCUGCAGAGCACAAAAACGUCAAUGUCUGUGUUGAAUUACUAGAAGAUAUGCUUGAUUUAAAGGGACUGUUAAUUAUUCUCAAUAAUCAGGUAAGAGAUGUCGUUGUGCCUCACCUGAGCUUUUGACUCAGAGAUAGCAAGUGGAUCAGCAACUUGUUCUUCCAAUACAAAUCUGAAUAAUUUCAGUGGAAAUUGGCACGGAAUGGAUAAAUGAUUUGCGAACGGUGCAUUCGUAAAUUGACUGAGAACAAAGCAAAUUAUGUUCUACGUAAUUUUUUGAGAAACACGUGUAUAUAGAUUUAUAUAUAUACACACAUGUAUGUAUGUGUGUACUGUGGAUGUAUAAUCAUAUCUCACCUCGCCAUUCUAAUGAGUUGCGCGCAUAGUAUAA